UGCGACCGCGCUAUGUCCCACGUUAUCCCGAUCUUCGGUUUUGUGGUGUCCAGCAGUUCUCUGGAUUAACUUAUGUUGCUUCUCGCAUCCCGAAAUCGGCAGGUUUAACGAGUGUUAAACAUGUGACAUCCUGCAGUUUCUAUAGAAUGUCUAUGUACUUCUUUCGGCUGCACAACUUGCGCAGAGCUCAAGAGGAGGACAAGCGAAAGAAGCAGCAGCAGCAGCAGCAGCAGCAACAGCAGCGCCAGCUGCAGCGAUCGAGAAGAGGUACCAUCGUCCAUCGGUACCCCAUUACCACCCCCCUUACGUUAGCCCCCAGCAGGCUGUUCGAAAGGCCUCCCCUCACUCCCUCCGACAGCCUUGACGAAGUGGCCUUGCAGAUACCCAGGGUCCGAGUAGAAUAUUACGUCAAUGAAAAUACUUUUAAGGAACGACUGCAAAUCUAUUUUAUUAAGAAUCAGAGAUCUAGUCUUAGGAUACGAAUUGCGAAUCUAUUUUUAAAACUUCUUACAUGCGCUUUGUAUAUAAUCCGGGUCGUUACCGACCUGAAUCCCAUAUAUGCAACCUGUUAUGGCUGUGUCUCCGGCAACAAAAGCGAAUACAUCUUGUCGGCCAACUUGACCGAAGAAAAGUUCCAAGAGAACCCGAUCAUCAACUGGGACGCGAUUCUGUGGGUGAACCGCCCCCUCGAACUCUGGAUGGUUCAAGUGGUUCUGGCCAUCAUCAGCCUAAUCGAGUCCCUUUUGCUGGCAUAUCUCGGAUACAAGGGUAAUAUAUGGCAGCAGCUUUUAUCGUUCCAUUUCGUUUUAGAAAUACUGAACACGGUGCCAUUUACAUUUACAAUUUUCUAUGCGCCAUUGAGGACGAUGUUUAUUCCAGUGUUUUUAAACUGCUGGCUGGCCAAACGGUCCUUAGAAAAUAUGUUUAACGAUCUGCAUAGAGCGAUGCAGAAAUCGCAAUCGGCUCUAUCGCAACAAUUGACCAUUCUAUCGGCCACCCUCAUUUGUCUGGUGUUUACCAGUGUUUGCGGGAUACAGCAUUUUCAAAGGGCAGGCCAUCGGCAUCUGAACCUGUUCCAAGCCACCUACUAUGUGGUGGUAACCUUCUCCACAGUAGGCUACGGGGAUUUUGUUCCCGACAUCUGGCCUUCUCAGCUUUACAUGGUCAUCAUGAUUUGUGUGGCUCUUAUAGUGUUGCCCACGCAGUUUGAGCAGUUGGCCUUUACGUGGAUGGAAAGGCAAAAACUGGGCGGUUCCUAUUCGUCGCAUCGAGCUCAGUCGGAGAAACACGUGGUGGUUUGCAGCACGAACCUGCAUGCGGACACCAUAAUGGAUUUCCUGAAUGAAUUCUAUGCACAUCCACUGUUGCAGGACUACUACGUAGUCCUGCUGUCGCCCAUGGAGCUGGACACGACCAUGCGGAUGAUCCUGCAGGUGCCGAUUUGGGCGCAAAGAGUGAUCUACAUCCAGGGCUCCUGCUUGAAGGACGGCGACCUGGUGAGGGCCCGCAUGAACGAGGCUGAAGCAUGCUUCAUUCUGGCGGCGCGCAAUUAUGCUGAUAAAACUGCAGCGGAUGAGCACACGAUAUUGAGGAGCUGGGCGGUGAAGGACUUUGCGCCGAAUGUGGCUCAAUACGUGCAGAUUUUCCGGCCGGAAAAUAAGCUGCAUGUGAAAUUUGCGGAAUUCGUCGUGUGCGAAGAUGAGUUCAAGUACGCCCUUUUGGCCAACAAUUGCACUUGCCCGGGCGCGUCCACUUUAGUCACACUGUUGUUGCACACCUCAAGGGGCCAAGAGGGCCAGCAGUCGCAGGAGGAAUGGCACCGACUUUACGGCAAAUGUUCAGGCAACGAAAUCUACCACAUCAUUCUAGGGGACAGCAGAUUCUUUGGCGAAUAUGAAGGCAAAAGCUUCACCUAUGCCAGCUUCCAUUCACACCGCAAGUAUGGUGUGGCUUUGAUUGGAGUUCGGCCGGCUGAACUACCCGAGUUCUACGAAGACACGAUUCUGCUCAACCCAGGGCCGCGUCACAUAAUGAAGAAGAGCGACACCUGCUACUACAUGAGCAUCACCAAGGAGGAGAACUCCGCCUUCAGCGUGUCAAAUACGAAUGCAAACAGCCACGCGGUCACUGAACCGACCACCGGCUCGGCCACCUCCAAAGACGAAGGAAAAUCGCUGGGAAUUCAUUUUAAAGAUGGUACCUCACCUCCUCAACUUAUACUGCAAGUGCCUACAUGUGUCACAAACGCCGCAAUGAGCGAUUCGAAGCAAUGCUUAAAAGAGUCCAGCGGCUCGAUUUCCGUGGAUAUUUCAGUGACAGGAAAUCAUCUGGAAAUCCCCCGGGACAAUACAAAUUUACUCUGUCCAGAAGCAAUAAAUCAAAGGCGGAACUCCAGGCGGCCCAGCAUUCUGCCGGUUCCGGAUAUGUUCACUGGGAGCACAUUGAACAUCUGCCAUCAGGACGUGGAGCCUGAUGAAGGUGACGAAAGUGAGGACGAACUGGAGGACGACGUCCCCUGGAGGUCGCCUAGCGAAAAAAUCGCGUCUAGUCCUUCUGACGAUUCUUUGGACCUCGACAGACCUGCAUGGCAUGAUGAAUGUGUUAGCAUUGUCAAAGGGUUUCCCCCAGUGUCGCCCUACAUUGGAGUGAGCCCGACUCUGUGCUAUUUGUUAAAAGAGAAAAAGCCCCUCUGCUGCCUGCAGCUCGCUCAAGUUUGCGAACACUGCAAUUACCGCAACGCCCGAGAAUAUCAAUGGCAAAACAAGACGAUCAUCUUGGCGGCCGAUUUUGCCUCUAACGGCAUCUACAACUUUAUAAUACCGUUAAGGGCGCAUUUUCGCCCGAAAACCUCCCUGAACCCGAUAAUUCUCCUGUUGGAGCGCCGCCCCGACAUCGCGUUCCUGGACUCUAUAUCUUACUUUCCGCUGAUUUAUUGGAUGUUGGGAUCAAUCGAUUGUUUGGACGAUCUACUGCGAGCAGGAAUUUCGCUGGCGGAAAACGUCGUUGUGGUGAAUAAGGAGCUGUCGAACUCGGCGGAAGAAGACUCUUUGUCCGAUUGCAACACCAUUGUGGCCGUUCAAACGAUGUUCAAGUUUUUCCCCAGCAUCAAAAGCAUCACUGAACUGUCCCAGUCGAGCAACAUGAGGUUUAUGCAGUUUAGGGCGCACGACAAGUACGCUCUACAUCUAUCCAAAAUGGAGAAAAGGGAAAAGGAGCGAGGCUCGCACAUCAGCUACAUGUUCCGACUGCCCUUCGCUGCUGGCAGCGUCUUUAGCGCCAGCAUGCUAGACACAUUGCUUUACCAGGCGUUCGUCAAAGACUAUGUGAUUACGUUUGUUCGGCUGCUUCUGGGCAUCGAUCAGGCCCCAGGCUCCGGGUUUUUAACAUCAAUGCGGAUAGGCAAAGACGAUAUGUGGAUAAGAACCUACGGCCGUUUAUACCAAAAGCUGUGCUCCACGACAUGUGAAAUUCCCAUCGGGAUCUACAGGACGCAAGACACUUCUCUGACUGAUACAUCACAUGUGAGUAUGCCUUCGUCAACUUGGUCGAGCUGCGUACGUGUGCCAUCGCUCGACGAGGACUUGGGCCCGGAUCGAGUGGGGGUAACCUAUCGACCCAAAGAAGGAACCAACUGUCUUGGAUGCGCCAACAGGCGCAGCUCAAUGUAUUCAAUAAACAUGCAGGACGAGGCAAAAGACAACCACAACCAGCAAAUUGAGCGCGCGGAAAUCGCCAAUCUGGUCCGGUCGCGGAUGGAGAGCUUGAAUCUGCCCACAAUCGAUUACAAUGAUGUCAGCGAAAAGCGCAGCAGUCUCUCAUAUGUGAUCAUCAAUCCGAGCUGCGAUCUGAAGCUGGAGGAGGGCGAUAUCAUAUAUCUAGUGCGGCCCAGUCCGUUUUCCGCACAGAAAACCUUCGAAAGACACAACAGUCGUCGCAAGUCCAACAUCAGCUUCUGUUCGCAAAAUCUGCUGCAGCAGAUGGGGAGCAGCACGCAGCCGGGCGGAAGCCGGCGGGGCUCGGGAUUGGGGCUGAGCGGCUACCAAGCGCCCCGACCUCCGCCAUUGGUCACCACCAAAUCAAACUCCUUGUCUUUACCGGACAGCCCCACGGUCUCCACCUACCAAAGAGGGCGCUCGAAUUCGCUUCGAAUCAUCGACGACAUUCUUUUGCGAAGAUCGAACUCCCUCAGGCAGGGCCUGCCGAACAUCGGCAACCCGAAGAGGAAAAGCAGCCUGGAGGAUAUUGGGCUUUCGCACUUUUCCACCAAGUUCCAAAACCCCAUCAAAAUCGCCCUGAACGACAGCAUCGGCCUGGAAGUUACUCCUCCCGAGGAGGACAGCCCUCCCAUUAUGUCCAGCAAUACAGCCAUGGUGGUCAAUCCUGUUUCCAUUUUUGGCGGCCCCCCGAUUCAUACAGCCAGCACUUUGAGCCUGCAGUCGAUCGGAGCGAUG